CCUCUAUGUGUUGGUUAUUUAACUGAAAACAGGUGAUGGCAUUUUUGUUGAAGGUCAAGCGAGCAAAAUAUCUAUCAAGCACGGUCAAAAAGGACUCUGCAACAAACAUUCGCAAGCACCACUGGUUACUGGAACAAAAGCUCCUCAACUUUGUGGAUGCUUUUCAUCAAUACGUCUAUCACACUGCUGUGGUGUUAUCGAUUCAGCGGCAAUGCUUUGUGGUACAAGAAACGCUGUGGGCAAUCAUUGGGAGUCGGAUCAACAUGAUUAUCGGUUUAACUAUAGAAUUCUACUCAGUACAACAGACACUGAGCAGCGGUGGAGCAGUUUCAGGCAUCAAGGCUAGAUGUGAAAUGGAAAUAGACCGCAUCUUGAAACAAUUUUGAGGGUUGUAUUGCUUUACUCCUCAGAGUAAGUAAAUCUAAAAGUGGAGUACUUGUUGUAAUUUACUAAUUUUGAUGAAUGCUUAAUGGAACUUGCAUUGCUGAAUGUGGAAGAUUUAGUGACGAGCGAGAAUUAUCACCCAUUCACCAAUAUUGGAUUGUCUCA